UAUUAAAUCACUUUUACUAAGGUGUUUUGGGGUUUGUCAACUCCUUUUGAGCUGUACUGCCGCCCCUUAAAAGGACACAGAGAAGCCCGUAGGCACCCUGUAUAUUGAGAUAUUUCAUGGAAAUUUAAAACGCACAUGCUUCUAGUAAAGCCAGCUUAUUGCAAUCAGAUGUGCAUAUGCGCACACUGAUCAAUGUUAACUUUCUUAUUCAUGGAGAUUUUUGUUUUGACUUUUCCACCACAGAUGGUUCUAGUAAAGACAAGCAUAUCGCAUAUUGCAAAAAUUAUAUGUGCGCAUGCGCAAUGUCAACUUUCUUACGUUACAUGCCCUUUCGGGAAGUCCUGAUCACAUGGAAAAUGCGCCAAAGUUACUACCCUUAAGAGGGGCCUUUGAAACAAGUUGCCAGAUCUUGCCUAGCGCGACGCUAAAGUCGCUAAAAAUCGAUAUUUUUCAUGAAAUUUCAGUCGGCAGAUUCAAUUGUCAUUAUAAUGGUAACACCUACCGCUUCCCCGUAGAAGGCGACUAUACAUUAGCACUUUUAAAGUCACUAGAUAUAAAAAGUACCGCAAUCUUAAACUCUCUAAGAUGGCAAUCAUCCGCUAUUUUUGGCAAAAAAGCAAGUGGUAUUUAUUAUUGGUGUGAGUAAUCACACUGGACACAUUUAACAUUCUUGGUGAUAACAAAAGCCAUCUUGGGGAGAAUACCUGAACUUUACUAGGUUUGCCAACAUGGUUGAUUAUUAUUCGUUGUCAAUGUCAGAUGGUUUUAACCACAUUACUCAUUUAUUAUUAAUUUUUGCGAGAUGAUAUUUGGGCAAUUAAUUUCGCAUGUUGGGAAGGUAUUAAGAAUCUCAAAAAUUACCUACUACUUCAAAGUCAGUGUUAAGUAUUUCAAGUUUUAACCUUGUUUUUAUGGUUAAUAAUGAAAAUUGAAAUCCCAAAAAAGUUUAUUACCAACUCUUUGACUAGUAGAAUCAGAAUUUAUCCUGAUAUUUGCAUGAUUUUCAGUAAUACAAGAGUAAUGUGUCUAAUAAAUAUACCUAACUUUGGAAUUAUGGCGCCAUCUUGCGGGAUAUGUGUUUUAAAGAGAGCUCUUAAAACGAAACCCUUUUUUCCAUUUUUUCAUCUUCCACGCUAUCUUUUGCCAACAUGAUGCAGAGUAUGCUAAUGAUUCACGUGGAUUGUGGACUGCGGUGGUGAGGAGGAUGUUUUUAAUGAAGAUAGCGCAAAUAAUUUAAUAACUCAAAUUUAUUUCAAGCAAACUGUAAAUGAGAACUAGAAUGUACGUGAAGUGUAAAUUAAUAGUCCGCUUCCUGUUCAACAACCUAUUACACAACAACACCUGAGAUUCAACCUCAAAACAACGCAAGUUUCACUAAAGACUGUGUUUGCAGUGUUCACCUCGUUCAUCUAAUUUUUUCAAUGACUGGGAGAUCUUCUUUCCAUCCUCAAUGACGCAAUAAGAUGGAAUGUUUUAUAGUGGAAUCAUUAACUGCUCAAACACUGCGAGUUGUACAGGGUAUAAUGAGAUGUUUUAUUUAGCUCCCCAAAGGUGCCAAAUUAUGCAUUUUUACAUAUAGCAUAUUUAAAUAACUGGGGCAGGCCAUCAUGCAGCCUUUGCAUGGCGACUGCGCAUUUUUCUACACCUCAAUGAAACACUAUUUUAUGAUUGAACGUUAAGAAUAAUGUUCACCCUAUCACUUAGAGCAGUGUUUCUCAAACUGGGGGGCGCAAACCAGAAGACGGAUUUUUUACAUUUGAAAAAACGAUAUUUUGGAUACAAGUCGCAUGAACAUUUUUCGGGGAAAACUACGCUUUUUGAGGGCUAAGCGAAUCUUCCUUGUGAAAAAAUUGAAAAUAGCGUUUCAAAACAGGACGUCACCACGUGCGGCGCUGCAACCUGAAGAUCUUGGGCUUUAAUAUUAUUUGCAUCCAGUUUGUUUUAUUCUAAGGAGUGAUUGAGACUUACACUAAAAUCACACCUUUUCCGUUUUCAGACGAUUUGUCCGAACGGAUUUCGUGUGGGAAUGAAGUUAGAGGCAGUUGACAAAAAAGACUCUUCCUUAGUGUGCGUCGCUACAGUUGCGGACAUGAUGGAUAGUAGAAUUUUGGUACAUUUCGAUAGUUGGGAUGACAUAUAUGAUUAUUGGGCAGAUCCGACAUCUCCAUACAUUCAUCCGGUAGGUUGGGCGGAUCAAAACGGACAUAGCCUUACUCCGCCAAAUGAUUACCCAAACCCGGAAACAUUCACGUGGGAGAAAUACUUGAAGGAAGUUAAAGCGACGCCAGCUCCCGUACGAGCUUUCAAGCAGAAACAAAUUCCCGGAUUCAAAAAGGGAAUGCGACUUGAAUGUGUCGAUAAACGGGUGCCCCAGUUAGUUCGUGUAGCGUCAGUGGACGAAGUGAAGGAACAUCAAAUACGGAUUAGUUUCGACGGUUGGCCGGACCGUUACAGUUAUUGGGUGGACAGUGACAGUCCAGAUAUUCACCCCGUUGGUUGGUGUCAGAAGACAGGUCAUCCCAUAGAACCUCCGUUAACACCCAACGAUGUGUAUGACUUCCUCGAGUGUCCCACUGUCGGUUGCAGAGGACAGGGACACGUUAUGGGUGCAAAGUUCUCGACUCAUUCGACAACAGCCGAUUGUCCAUAUUCCGAUGAGAACUUAGGAAGAGAACAUGUGUUACCUGAUCGUUUGUCAAGUCCCGAUAGGCGACCGCAGGCUGUAGUGCCUGUGUCACGGGAACCAAAAGAUACAUCGAAACCUAAAUUGGGACGACCUCCAAAAAUGCCAAGAUUAGAUUCGCCAAUUAAGACUGAAUGGUUACCUGAAGAUGGCAAUAGUGUAGACUUGCAACAACCUUUAAAAAGAAAAGAAAAAGUGUUUGACACGAAGUGUGAUGGAAAACUACCUUUUACAAAUGGAUACGAUAAUGAAUACACGGAACAAAUUUGGGAGAAGCAUUCGAGAUAUUUAAAAAAGUACGUAAAGAGGAGUUUGGACCCUAGAGAUUGGGAAGAAGAGGACGUAGUACAGUUUAUUGCUUCCGUGCCCUAUUUUGAAAAGCACAGCGCUCUAUUUAGGCAACACAAAAUUGACGGUGAGGCACUCUUAAUGCUCAGCCAACGUGAUAUAAUCGAAAUAUUACGUAUUAAAUUAGGUCCCGCGAUUAAAUUAUAUUGUAUUAUAAUGUUACUAAGACAAAAUAUUAUAAGUUAGUUAUGUAUUUUUAAUGUGAUAUGUUGAAGUUUUGUAUAUACGAAAAGUUCACUGGUACAAGUGAAUACAGUGCGUAUCGAAAUAUUUUUCAUAAUGUUGCACGAAUUAAAAAAUAUAUCUGAUUAUUUGGUUCUA